UGAGUGCGGGGCUGGCGGGGUUCAGGGCACUGUUUCUGCCGUCGAGCUUGCCGAUGCUGCUGAAUUACUACUGCUGCUGCUGCUGCUGCGCUGCUGUCGAUCUUUCUCUGACACACCAGUCGAGCACUUUGAAUUGCAAAGAAGGUAGGCUGCAUAAACAAUGCGUUGGACACUGUGACGCUCUGCUGGUCUGCUGUCGCGUCGCAUCGGCCCUGUGGGCGUAACCGAAUUGAGCUCGCGGCGUCCGAGAAGUGCCUCGGUGUCAAAAGUUUUGCGCUCGAGGUCUGUGCGGGAGAUGCCAUGUUCGACUUUCUGGACUACCAGUUUAACAUCCGCGAGGAAAAUUCUUCCCCGUCGUCGUCGUCUUCGUCGCCUCCUCACCGAGGCGCGAGUGCCAGCGCCUCCCCCAGACGGCCGUUCUUGACUCCUGCUAGCUCGCAGUGCGCAUGUUCAGAUUGCUGUGUCAACAUGGAGGGGAGCAACCUGGAUGAGAACAGAAGUUCUCGCAGCGUACGCUUUGUGUUGAGCUUUCAACAUAAGCUAGGGGAGCUUAUGAUAGCUCGCUGGAUCGAAGAGUACAAUGCACGCACUGGGCGGAAACUGAAGUGGAGCGAGGCGCUCCCGAAUGCCCUCCACAUGAUAGAGAUCGAGGACGACAACCCAGGAUAUGUCCUCGAGCAGCUCUUGGCCGAAUCUCCGUUGGAGAGCAUAGGCACCUUCGCCGCCGUGAACCGCUACAACUCGACUUUCCUCUCAGAGAAACCGAGAUCGCUCAGACAGAUCGUGACAGUCCUCAUCAGUAACCAGUUCCUGUUCAAUCAACUGGUCUUCAAUCUCGCCGACUUGAUCUUGGCGCCCGUGGGAAAGGUGGUUGGAAAGCAGUUCCGAAAGCACAAAAAGGGAACUCGCAUAGAAGCUGUCGUGGAAACUUGCGGCGACAGUUUUGUAACCGAGAUCGAAGUUCCUCUGCUGGACACGCAAACCUUGCUCUUGGAACUCGACUACGUUGGACUGCCAUCGGGCGUUCACAGUCGGUCCCUGUUCGACAAGGCCAAGGACUGCCUGAAUUCUCUCAAGCCAAAGAAGAAGCCCUCGCCUCUCUGCGGAUCUUGCUUUAACAAAGACAAACAAUGUAUUAGCAUAGACUGUUGAGCUUUGAAUUGUAACAUAAUUUCCGGCAGUGAUGGUCAGUGUAGAGAUUGGCUCUGAAAUGCACAUACACUGUAGUAAUAUCGUAGCUGAAGAGCAUGUGGCCAUCUUGUGUAUUAGAUCUUCAGUCGCUGCAGCAGUUUGUGCUCGUGUUAGGAGGUGGCACUCAUAACCAGCGAUAGGUCAGUAAUGGUUACGGUUAGUAGAUCUUGUUGCAAUUUUGUGGCAUGUGCUGUUUUUCAACCUGAAAUCAAAAGCUUGUAUAUAUCUC